CGUCACGAGGGCGGUAUGAACUCGCUCAGUGUGGUGUCGGCAGCAUCAGGCGCAGCCGGGACGGGAAACAAGAGCACAGAAACAGACGAAGAAGAGGAGGACGAGGAAGACGAAGACGCGGACGUCGACUACGAGGAGGAAAAUUCGCGGCCGCCGCCUCCGCACCAUUUGCAGCAGCAGCAACACCGCAGUCGCAGCAGUACGGCGGGUCGCGGUUAUUGGCGGCAGUCGAGUCCCGGAGGCGGCGGUCCUCGUCAGCUGCAAUCAAACGCCGCCUCCAUGGCCGACAACGCGAGCGACGUGUCCUCGAUGCUGCCUCCGCCGCCGCCACCUCACCAGCAGCAACCGCCGCGCUCCAAGAGUCGCGUCGAGCUUGCUACGAGUCGGUAUGGCAACCUAUCCUACUGGAAGGCCCGGAGGGUCCUCUUCUACAAGAACGGUGAUCCUUUCUUUCCCGGCAUCGAGUUCCGGUUCAAACCGGGUCGAGAUAUCGGUACUUUGGAGACCCUCCUCGACAAGCUUUCGUUGCGCAUGGACCUUCCGCGCGGAGCCCGAUACAUCUUCUCAAUGGAUGGUGACCGGAAGUUCCGGUUGGAUGAGCUCGAGGAUGGCGCUUCCUACGUCGUCUCUUCUUACAAAACAUUCAAGGCGGCGAGUUACGGGAAGAAGAAUGGCAUUUGGUACGCAUCGCCCGGUGGACAGGGUUGGAGCAAGGCGCCCAGCCGUAAAGCGUCAAUCGUCGAAGCUGAUAUUCCGCCGCCAGGUGGCGGUGGAGGUCCUUCCGUUAAGCCGAGCUCCGGUAGAGUUAUCAGGAUCGUCAAUAACAUGGAUCACACCGUUCAGUGUAGGGUGUUGCUAAAUCUACGGACUUCACAGCCUUUCGAGGAGGUACUGGAGGAUUUGGGGCAGGUGUUGAAAAUGAACGGUGCGAAGAGGAUGUACACUGUGGCUGGACAAGAAGUUCGCAGUUUUUCACAACUAAGGAACGAGUUUGCAGACGUGGACACAUUCUACUUGGGUGGUGGCCCCGUUGGCGCCGGUGUCGUUCUUUCACCGGCCAGAAGGUCCAGAUCUAGGGCCCCAUUAGCGGCCGCCCCAGUAGAGGAUCUCAGCAAGCAAAGAAGGGCACGCAGCAAGAGCAGACCGAGAGCCCUAUACGCACCAGAAAGUGAAAUAAUCAGGACCACCGACUACACUCUAUUAGAGGUGCUUAAGGAGGAGCCCAUAAGAGUCACCAUUCGCGGUCUCAGAAGGACCUUCUAUCCGCCCAUCCACCACGCCCCCAUAGAUAAUUCUCCGCCAGAGAAGAAGAUGGCUUUGGAAUGGGUUUAUGGUUAUCGAGGCACAGACUCGAGAAGAAAUCUUUGGGUUCUUCCAACUGGAGAACUUCUUUACUUCGUGGCCGCCGUCGCCGUAAUGUACGAUCGGGACGAAGAGACGCAAAGACACUACACAGGACACACCGAAGAUAUACAAUGCAUGGAUUUGCAUCCGUCUCGCGAGAUGGUAGCUUCUGGUCAGAAGGCAGGUCGGAACCGGAAGACUCAAGCGCACAUCCGCAUAUGGAGCACGGAAACAUUACAGACUCUUUACGUCUUCGGCAUGGGCGAGCUGGAGGUUGGAGUAGCCGCCGUCGCCUUCUCACAAUUGAACGGUGGUAGUUAUGUGUUGGCGGUAGAUGGCGGCAGGGAGAGCAUUCUGUCAGUAUGGCAAUGGCAGUGGGGACAUCUCUUGGGAAAAGUUGCGACGCUGCAAGAGGAAUUAACCGGAGCCGUGUUCCAUCCCCUAGACGACAAUCUUCUGAUCACGCACGGCAAAGGUCACUUGACCUUCUGGAAUCGCCGGAAGGACGGUUUCUUCGAGCGCACCGACAUCAUCAAACCGCCAUCGCGGACGCUGAUCACCAGCUUACAGUUCGAGCAGGACGGCGACGUCAUCACCGCAGACAGCGACGGCUUCAUCACCAUCUACAGCGUGGACAGCGACGGCGCUUACUUUGUCCGAAUGGAAUUCGAGGCUCACAACAAAGGAGUCAGCUCGUUGGUGAUGUUGUCUGAAGGAACGUUGCUAUCAGGAGGAGAGAAGGACCGUAAAAUAGCUGCAUGGGAUUCGCUGCAGAACUACAAAAGAAUCACAGAUACUAAGUUGCCUGAAGCGGCCGGUGGGGUGCGCUCUAUCUAUCCGCAAAGACCAGGAAGAAACGACGGUAACAUCUAUGUAGGAACGACCAGGAAUAAUAUACUUGAAGGCUCUCUUCAACGAAGAUUCAAUCAAGUUGUGUUCGGGCAUGGACGGCAGCUGUGGGGUUUGGCUGUCCAUCCGGAUGAUGAGCUCUUUGCCACCGCUGGUCACGACAAGAACAUCGCUCUUUGGCGCAAGAAUAAGUUAAUUUGGACGGUGCAGGUGGCCUACGAGUGCGUUUCUUUGGCAUUCCAUCCAUUCGGCGUUGCUUUGGCUGCUGGAAGCACAGAAGGACAUUUAAUCAUCCUCAACACGGAGACUGGGGCAGCUGUAGCUACGGUCCGCGUUUGCGGUUCUCCGCUAAACUGUGUCGGAUAUAAUCCAGCUGGAGACAUGAUCGCAAUAGCUUCACAGAAUGGCAGCGUGUAUUUGUUCCGCGUAAGCCGCGACGGAUUUUCUUACAAGAAGUCCAAUAAGAUUAGGGGAUCACAGCCGUUAAUGCAGAUGGAUUGGAGCACGGAUGGAAAUUACGUUCAAACCGUCACUGCUGAAUAUGAUCUUUCUUUCUGGGACGUAAAAUCUUUGUCGCCGGAGAAGAGUCCCAUCGCUAUGAAGGACAUCAAGUGGGCCACGCACAAUUCUACUGUUGGUUUCCUGGUGGCAGGUAUCUGGAACAACCGAUUCUACCCGAUGACGUCCAUCAUCAGCACUGCAAGUCGAUCGGCCGCUCACGAUCUUCUGGUCUCCGGGGAUACCGACGGUUACAUCAGGCUCUUCAGAUUCCCAUGUUUGAGCACAAAAGCCGAGUACAACGAGGAGAAGCUGUACAGCGGUCAAGUGGCGUGCGCGAGAUUCCUCUUCAACGAUCGCAACAUAGUGACCGUCGGCGGAACCGACGCCGGCUUGAUGCUAUGGGAGCUGACCGAGGAAUAG